CUCAUGCGCUACAAAUUAAGCCUCAGACUGCUUGACCACAGCUACCUGGACACAGUAAAUAACGCAGUGUACUUUUUGGUAGCAUCUGUCUCUCCCUCGAGACUGUUGGCAUCAACCAAAACCACAGUCACGGCGUCAUUAUAUUGCGGCGUUGAUCUCGCGCUAUCCUCAACUCUAGUACAUCCAGAACAAACUCCCCAAGGGCCAGGACCUCCUACUCUUGAACAGACGGGACGAAAUACAAUCCGAGUCAACCGAGGAUGAAGGGGUGUUCCAUGACCGGAGGACGCAUCAUUCGUCCAGCUCCCGAGGCGGACGAGUUCCCUUCUCGUUUCCACAGCAUCGAUCUCACAUCACAACCAUCACUGCUGACGACAAGUAUUCCUUACUGUUACAGUCCCGGCCAAUUCUGGUUUUCGAUGGAUGUCCCUGAAAUGAACAUGGACUUCCUGCCAGAUCCCACAGCGAUGAGUUCAACACGACUGCCAACAACCAGUCUCGACAGCUUCCAGAACACCCCAGGUUUCAUCCCAUCGAGUCCGUGGCCCGCCCAAGUAGCACGCGCAAGCAGCAGCCGCAGCUCUGCUACAGACUCUUCAUCGCUACCCGCAAUCGAGACGCCAGCACCAGUCAGCGCAAAGACGCCUUCGGAUUCAGAAUGUGCUGGAGAGUCGAUGCACCGCGCUCGUCAGUGUCAUCAGCGAAAAGCUGAUGAAGGUUACGAGCAUAACAAAAUUGAAAAGAGGAAAGAACAAAACCGCAAAGCACAAAGGAACCAUCGAAUGCGCAGUGAGGCACGGUUAGAACAGCUUCGUGCCAGAGUGCAACAGCAAGCAGUGGAGAUUGACGACCUCAAGGGUGUUAAUAAGACCUUGCUCAAGCGGAUACAGCAUUUGACCAACAGCCACGGUGAAGGAGGAAUUGUAUGAGAUGCGAAAUAUCCUAUCUCUCCA